AUGCGUAUUCGCGACACCGCAAACAUUGGAUUUGCAAUCAAGGCUGGCCUCCUCACCGAGUUACUCAAGAUUAAGGGGAAACCAUGUAUACCCUCCAAUGUUCCAGCUGAAGAAAUUAAUAUGUUUGAAAAAAUUAGGAAAGAAAUGGUACGCAAGUGUGGGAAUUUACCACUCGCCAUUUCAUUACUUGGCGGGAUAUUGAGUAACAAGGAAUCAAGUGAAAAGUGGAAAUUGGUUAAUAAAAACAUAAGUGCCCGUACUGGUGUUGAAAAUCUGAAUGAUGAAAUUCAGCAAGUGUUGCACUUAAGUUAUCUAGACCUGCCAUGUUACUUGAAGACAUGCUUUCUCUAUACGGGUAUGUACAAGAAAGACGAGGUCAUUCCGGCAAUAGAUCCAUGUGUGAAGUGGAUCGCACAAGGCAUGAUCUCGCACCAUAAUCACCCAAAUGAAGUGAAGUUGAUGGAGAUAGCACAAGGCUACUUGACUGAGUUGGCUUCUAGGUUAAUUGUGGAAAUUGCACGUGAUGAUCCUACUCGUAGACAGACGACUAGAACGUGUAAACUUCAUGACGCUGUGCGAGAGAUGUGCUUGUCACUGGCAAGAGAUGAGGAUUUUGGUUUGCAAAACGCGCCAUUUGAUUAUUUAUUUGAAAAGUAA